AUGGAGGCAUCAGCUCUCAAAGCCUGGGAGUUGGACAAUAAUGUCCAGUUAGUUGACCCCAAACGCGACGCUCUCUACAACUUCGAUGCAGACGCUCAAAAGGCCAUCAACAAGGAACAACCGUGGAAGCAAGACCCCAGCCACUUCAAACAUGUACGAAUAAGCGCCACCGCCCUUAUAAAAAUGACCAUGCACGCCCGCUCUGGUGGCAAUCUCGAGGUCAUGGGUUUGAUGCAAGGCUACACUCAAGGCGAUACAUUCAUCGUCACCGACGCAUUCCGACUUCCCGUCGAGGGAACAGAGACUCGAGUCAACGCCCAGGACGAAGCGAACGAAUACAUCGUCGAAUAUCUCGACCUAUGCCGAGCCCAAGGACGCCAGGAGAACGUCGUGGGCUGGUACCACAGUCACCCAGGCUACGGAUGCUGGCUGAGCGGCAUCGACGUGGACACUGAAGCUAUGCAGCAGCAGUUCCAGGAUCCAUUCCUUGCUGUCGUGAUCGACCCCGACCGUACCAUCAACUCCGGCAAGGUUGACAUUGGCGCCUUCAGAACCUACCCAGCCGACUACAAGCCCAGCGGCGGCGUCACCUCGGACGGCUUUCAAGCAGUACCCCUCGCCAAGGCCGCAGAAUUCGGUGCCCAUGCAAGCCGAUACUACAGUCUAGAAGUCUCUCACUUCAAGAGCUCUCUCGACUCCCACCUCCUAGAGCUACUCUGGCACAAGUACUGGGUACAGACACUCAGCCAGAACCCGCUCAUUACGAACCGAGACUACGGCAACAAGCAGUUGCUAGAUCUGAGUUCCAAGAUCAAGGAGGCGACAACAGGUAUCACGCGAAACCGAGCUGGCCAGGGUAUGAUGAUGGGAACGAGCACCAAGAGCUCCGACAAGGCAGUGGACAAGCUAGCUAAGGAAGCGAAUCUGAUUGCAUCUAAAGAGCGAUCAGGUCUUAUUGCGAACCAAGUCAAGGCCAGCCUUUUCAACGACCUUGGGUCCAAGGCGAAUCCUACGUCGGAAUGA